AUGCUAUUAUAUGGGCAGUUUGCGAGACAGAGUGAAGAUCAAAGAAACGAUGAAACGUGGACUUGGUUGAAAGAAGGAAAGCUUAACAGAGAAACAGAGUCCCUUAUUGUUGCAGCACAAGAUCAAGCAAUAAGAACAAAUUAUGCAAAAGCAACAAUCGACAGGUCACAGACCGAUCCCAAAUGUAAAAUUUGCAAACAAAACAACGAGACCAUCAGCCAUUAUUGUAAGUGUGUGUCCAAAACUGACACAAAUAUAUAAAGGUAGACAUAACAUCGUAGCUAGAGCAAUCCAUUGGGACCUGUCAGGAAAAUAUGGGUUUCAGCGAAAUCAGAGGUGGUAUGACCAUGUUCCAGACAGUGUACUUGAAAAUGAGGAUCACAAGAUACUGUGGGAUUUUAGUAUACGAACAGACCAUGAAAUUGAGGCUAGGAGACCGGAUCUAUUGAUCAUUAACAAAAGAGAGAACAACUGCCAAAUUAUAGACGUAACAAUUCCGGAUGAUGGAAGGGUGAGAGCAAAAGAGGACAAAAAAGUAGAAAAAUAUCAAGACUCGCUAGAGAAAUCCGAAAGAUAUGGGGCAUAA